CUGGCUUUGGCGUUUUAUUAAAUCGCUUGUGUAUUUUUGAUUUCUCGUUCAAUUUGGUUCUAAGUCUCGCCGCGUGUGCAUCGACGCGGUUGUCUCGCCAUGGUGCUGUUAAAAGUGAUCAAAUAUCUUGUGGGUUGCGUGAUACGUGUCUGCAAUGAGCUGUCCCAGAACAUGAGCUCGCUGAAUAAGAUGUUUAAAUAUCAUCUGCUGGAUGCAAAUUAAGCAAAGUCCUUUAAAACGUAAUACGAAUGUACCUGGCAAUACUAUAUUUAUAGAAUCUGUUAUUUGUUCAACAAUAAAAAAUAUCACAAUACAA